AUGGGCGGUGGCAUCAUGGGCUAUAUAAUUGUCUGCACCGCUAUAUGUGAUGUCUGGAUCUGCAGGAACGAGUGCCUGGAUGGAUGGACUCGGGGGAAUAGCGCACGCAAAGGCGAGGAUCACCGGACCGUCCGCUCCCCCGGCUGCACGUGCGGGAAGAGCGAUCGCCGUCCCUUGCAGGCGACACUCGGUAAAAUGGGCCCCGACCAAAGAAGUGGCCCCAGGGGCUGUUUCUCUGGGGACCCGGGGACUGCCCAGCCGGAGACCAAGCCGGGGAGUGGAGGGGAGGAUCACUGGCAGCUUAAGCUUAACUGGACCAAGGUUAGAUAA